UUAAAACUUGUAUGUUUGUUUUCCUUUCAGACAUAAAAAUAUUCCCAGGGAAGCUAUAAGCAAAUUAUGAAUUCCAAAGAAAGUAGACGUACACAGAAUGAGUUCAUUUUAGGCAGAUGAUUACAAAAAGGGCAAAUAGAGCCCAUGUGAGGAUGACCCAUGCAUUCCUGGAUGUAUAUAAAGAUCUUGGAAGAGUAGAAGACACUCACACUUCAGAGACAUCCUCCUACACCUUCACUGAAAUCUCACCUCCUGACACCAUGUGUUGCAACUACUACAGAAACUCCUGUGGGGGCUGUGGAUACAGCUCUGGCUGGGGUUCUGGCUGUGGCUCUGGCUAUGGCUGUGGAUACGGCUCUGGCUGUGGCUAUGGCUGUGGAUACAGCUCUGGCUGUGGCUAUGGCUGUAGAUACGACUCUGCAUAUGGAUUAGGCUCUUGCUAUGGCUGUGGAUACAGCUCUGGCUGCUGUGGCUACCAACCAUUUUGCUACAGAAGAUGCUAUUCCUCUUGCUGCUAAUCAUCACUACAGAUCAUCGUUGCUUUUGCAAUGACCUCUCCAAGAUUAAGUCCAAUUGAAAUCUCUCCUAUCUUCACUUCUAAGUAAAGAUUGACUAUGGUCCCUUGACUAUCUGAAUACAUAUAAGAGAAGCUGUUUGCAGUGGAUGGAGACCGAGUAGUUUCAUGACAUAACUGAAGAGAGGAGAUUUUAUUCUGAUUAAUUUUCUAGUGUAAUUAAUUUUCUAGUGUAAAACUCUUACAUCUUUUUCUUCAUUUUUGUGCCAUGACUAUUUGCAGAAACAUAAGAGGAGUAUAUAAUUGGAGCAUACUAAAAUGGAACAAAAAUAGAAUUUUCUUAAUAAAAGGCUUUACUCACUAAGAAGUCCAUUCUCCUUAAUUUGAGGGUUUGUGGUUUCCUCAAA